UUCCCUCCUUCCCUCGUCGUUCUUUAGCCUACUGUAUAAGUACAGAUCUGUGAUGGAGGCCCCAUCACACCGCAUUUCACUUUCACGCAGUGAAGAUGAGCUCUCGGAUAACGAAAUCCAGCCCGACCAUGAAACUGAUACUGCUUUUCACAACCUCUCUCUCCUGGGCCUUCCAGCAACAGGCCCUGCCGCCAAAGUACCAGUACCUCGACCCUGUGACGUCUGACCGCCUAGUAUGUGACCAGUGCCCUCCUGGCACAGCCGUGAAACGACACUGCACCACGGACGCACCCACAGAGUGCCAGGCCUGUCCUGAGAGGCAUUUCGCUGAGAACUGGCACUGGGGAGACACGUGUCAAUACUGCACCUCGGUGUGCAAAGAGAGACAGCUUGUGAAGCAGCAGUGCAACAGCACUCAUGACCAGCUGUGUGAGUGUGCUCCUGGUUUCCACCUAGUGGUGGAGUUUUGCAUUCCACACAGUACCUGCCCUCCUGGCUACGGAGUGACAACAUUAGGUACACCGGUGAGUGACACCACAUGUGACCCUUGUCCCGCUGGUCAUUUCUCCAGUGGGUACUCUGCCUCUGAGGCCUGUCAGCGCCAAAGAAAUUGCUCUGAUUUGGGUCUGAAGACGCUGAGAUGGGGCACGUCCACUUCAAACAGCCUCUGCGACACUCCGGACCAGACAGCAACGCUGGAGUGCUCUCAGCAUCGCACCUUGUGCCACACUGAUGUGACUCUGUGUGAGGAGGCAAUCUUCCAGUCUCUCUCAUCCCUGCGACUGUCCUCGGUGCCCCUGGAGCGCCUGUUAGAGAGUCUUCCCGGUCAGAGGGUGGACCGUAAGAGCUUGGAGAGGCUGAAGAAGGCCUGCUCUCCCCAGCAGCAGGUCCUCCAGCUGCUGCGACUGUGGAGGAAGCAGAACAAAGACCAGGACAAGAUGUACGCCAUCAUACAAGGUAUGAACCACUGUGAGAGGAAAGUCUCCCGCUGCAACAGCCUAAAAAAUCUGACCCUAGACGACCUCCUGAAGGUCACCAACAGCCUGCCGGGGAUCAAAGUUCAGCAGGAGGCUGUGCGGGCCGUGGUCUCUACUUGCCUCCCCAGGCAGUACAUCCUGCAGGUCCUUCACCUCUGGAAGACAGCGAACCAUGAGGUGGAUCUAGUCAAAGCUCUGUCUCACAGUCUGAAGGUGCUGCGCAGCCAGGUGGCACCACGCUAUCUGCUAAAAGUCCUGAAGAAGAUCAGCCGCAUCAUAGGAACCACCUCCACGCACAAGAUGUAUGAGAAGAUGUUUGUGAAUAUGCUUCACGAUGAGUCGUGUUUUAAGGCUCAUAAGCCAUUAAAUGAAUAGAAAUAUACUGUAUAUGGCGCCCAUAGCAUGAAAACACACUAAUGGAUUGUCCGAUGAAGAGCACACACUUAAAUGUAUGUGAAAGAGUAACACACAUGGGUUACAUGAAAAAACCGAGGUGUCAUCAAGUUAUAUCAAACUAUGCCUAACUAUCACAAGGGAAAGACAGGCGGGUAGAUGCUUCCUUCCCAUCGAUUUUUACCAAAAUAAGGAUGUUUUGAUUAUAUGAGGUAGCAUGAAAUGCUAAUAACUUCACCCUCAGUCUACCGUUUCUUUCUGUGGUGAUUAAACUAAUACGCCUUUAAGGAAAGAAAGAAAACCUAUCACUCAUCUGUGUACUCAAGGUAGGCCAAAACUAAAACUCAAAAAAGGUUGCCUGGGAACAUUUCGACCGGAGUCUGUGAAAAAUGAAAAACUAUUUAAGAUGUAAAUAGCACACUGUUUUAUGGAAGAUGGGCUGGCAGGUGUAGUGUUUUUCUUAUUGUUACUUCCUCACUGAUUGAGAAGAAGAACUUAGUUUUACGAUUAAAUAGAUGUAUUUUCUGCCAUUUUCCUUUGUCUGUUGGUUCGUUCUAGACUGCUGGCAAGUAAAGCUCAUCUGAUUUUUUUUUGAAUUGUCAGCUUUUUGAAUGUACAAAGGAGUGCAAUUGUUUUCUAUUUAAAUAUAUAUAUAUAUAUAGUUUCUGAAUAUGUAAAGGCUUGUUUUUUUAUUACUUUAUCAGAAGUACUGGAUUCCAAAUGCUGCAAGUUCAUGAAGUGAU